UGAGGCUCCCUCUCACAGCUCAGAUCAUAUGCUGCACCUUACAAUAGGCUCCAUUUAUUGAACAGCUUCUACUGAAGUGGUACAUCCAUUACUACACCGUCUGCUCCAAAACAAAAAAAUGGAUUUCAUGGAGGAAUCAAGGCCAAAGAGGAAGGUUCCAAGCAAAAGACUCUUUCUUGCUGCCUGUGCUGCCGCCAUUGGAGGAACUUUUCAGUAUGGAUACAGUAUUUCUGUCAUCAACGCCCCCACAGCGUAUGUGCACGAUUUCAUCAAUUCUACCUGGAAGCAGCGCUACCAAAUGAACAUCACUCAGCAUGGUAUCACCCUGCUUUGGUCGACCAUCGUGUCCAUAUUCACUCUGGGAGGACUCUUAGGAGCGACCAUAGGUGGGACCAUGUCUGUCAAACUAGGAAGGAAAGGGACCUUGUUGGCCAAUAACAUGUUUGCACUGGCAGCUGCUCUGCUGAUGGGUCUGAGUUACCUAACAGGACUGUUUGAACUGCUCAUAGUGGGACGCUUUUUAAUCGGAAUAAAUGCAGGUAUUGGGCUUUGUGUUCAAUCGUUGUAUUUGGGUGAGAUUGCUCCAACGUCCUUACGUGGCUCCAUGGGAAUGGCUACCUCCAUUUUUAUUACUGGCGGGAUCUUGACCGGACAAGUGAUGGGCCUCAAAGAGGUUCUGGGUAAAGAAGAGCUUUGGCCGAUCCUGCUCUCCACCAUAAGUAUCCCUGCCAUUCUGCAGCUCCUCAUCCUGCCGUGGUUUCCUGAGAGCCCUCGCUACCUGCUGAUUGACAAAGGAGAUGUAGAAGGCUGCAAAAAGGCCUUGAGGCAACUGCACAGUGUGCAUUACUGCGACAUUGAAUUCCAGGAGAUAGAACAGGAGAAGAAUCAUUUAUCAGGUUUCAAGAGCAUAAAACCAUGGGAGUUGUUCGCUGAUCGCAGUCUUCGCUGGCAGCUCCUGACGGUCAUCCUGCUCAGUGCUGUACAACAGCUUAACGGCAUUAAUGCUAUAUACUUUUACACAGAUUAUGUGCUGAAACGGUCCGGGAUUUCUGUUGAUAAAAUACCAUACGUGACUGUAGGCACUGGGGUCUGUGAGUGCUUCACUGCUUUAACAUGUGGAAUGGUCAUCGAUGCCCUGGGAAGAAAAGUCCUCAUCACCGGAGGAUAUAUACUGAUGAGUAUCUGCUGCAUACUAUUCACACUGUCACUCACCUUUCAGGAUGCCAGCCCAGUUUUGUCGUAUUUGAGCGCAGUGUGUGUUUUUGGUUUCAUCCUGAGUUUUGGGCUAGGACCAGGUGGCGUGACCAACAUCUUGACCACAGAGUUAUUCACACAAACUUCUCGGCCUGCAGCUUACAUGAUCACAGGAACCGUGGGCUGGUCCAGCUUCUUCCUCAUCGGCAUGGUCUUUCCUUUUAUUGUGUUGGAGCUGAAACAGUACUGUUUCCUGGUAUUCUUGGUUUUCUGCUCCUCGGUGGCCAUCUACAUUCUGCUAAUUGUUCCUGAAACCAAGAACAAAACUUUCCUUGAAAUCCAGAAUGAGUUCAAAUCAUCUAGGAAAAGAAAGGACGAUACAGUUGACAGCCCUGCAGGGGCACUCUUGUCAACAUCCAUAUAAAGAUGUUGGGAGUUUUCUUCCACUAAAGAGUCAUUUUUUGUAUAAAUGUCUUUUAAUGUAAGGGAGCUAAAUUGUAAAUGUUUUUGUUUUGUAGGGGACACUCCAGCCUUCCAGCAUUUCAUUUUUGAGCUGUUAGCACAAAAGCAUUGCUACUGUUGGAGGGAAAGCUACAGACAGAACUUUAAUCCAGAUGAUAUUUGCAGGAGUUGUAUGUGUAGAUAUAAAGGCUGCCAAUUUUUUUAAAUAUGUUAAUCUAAUUAUUAACAAUGUAGCUCUGGAUUAGACAUGAUUAAUCAUUAUUAAUCAAUAUACUGUAAAUAUAUGUGUUUCACAAUGGUUUUAUUUGUCACUGAUCCAAAGGCUUGAAUUAUUACUAUGAAAAAAAAGUCAAGUAAGCUCAAAACUCAGAAUUUAGUUUCAUAGAGUUGGUUAAUUUUUGACAAUACUGUGGAUCUUGACAUUGGCUUGUAGAAUGUGUUGAAGUGGAAUUAUUGGGUAUACAGUAACCAUCAUUCUGCCCAUGCAUUAUAAAUGUUUAUCAGAUCAAUUCCAGUAAUUAAUUAAAGCAAUGAUUGCAUUCAUUUGGACAGCCCUAAUUGUGUUAUAUACAUCUGGAUUAUUGAAAAAGUAUGAAAAGGUUGUUGUUGUGGAUUAAUAAA